AUUAUUUCUACCUCCCCUGUUUUGUUCUUUUGCUUGAAAAUUUUGAAAGCCCUGAACUUUUUUCUCUCUUGGAAAAAGGAUCUCUCUUUCUCCCCUAUUUUUAAUACCCAUUUCAAAUUCACUUCCUUUGGUGCUGUUUUUUGGCUGCUGAACUGAAUGAUGGCAACGUUGCGAGAGAGGUUCUGUGCUUUUUUCAAUAAUAGAUGGCUGGUGUUUGUGGCUGCAAUGUGGAUACAAUCCUGUGCAGGGAUUGGUUAUCUGUUUGGGAGCAUAUCGCCGGUGAUAAAGACCUCUCUCAACUAUAACCAGAGGCAGAUUGCUAGAUUGGGUGUGGCUAAGGAUCUUGGAGACAGUGUUGGAUUCUUAGCUGGGAGCUUGUGCGAGGUUUUACCUUUAUGGGGUGCUCUGCUCGUUGGUGCUUUGCAGAAUGUUGUAGGGUAUGGAUGGGUGUGGUUGAUUGUUACAGGAAGAGCUCCGCGUUUGCCUUUGUGGGCUAUGUGUAUCCUCAUAUUUGUGGGGAACAAUGGUGAAACCUACUUCAAUACAGCUGCCCUGGUUUCUUGUGUGCAAAACUUUCCCAAGAGCCGGGGUCCUGUGGUGGGAAUACUCAAGGGAUUUGCUGGGCUGGGUGGUGCAAUUUUGACUCAGAUAUAUACGAUGAUUCAUCACCCUGAUCAUGCAUCUCUUAUAUUCAUGAUAGCAGUCGGACCAGCAAUCAUAGUCAUUGCUCUAAUGUACCUUAUCAGACCUGUGGGUGGCCACAGACAAGUUCGACCAUCUGAUGAUGCAAGUUUUACUUUUAUCUAUAGUGUGUGCCUCCUUUUGGCUGCUUAUUUAAUGGGGAUCAUGCUUGUUGAAGAUCUAGUUGAUCUGAGCCACACAAUAAUCACAAUUUUCACUGUGAUUUUGCUGUUUCUUCUCAUCAUUCCUAUUGCAGUUCCCAUUACAUUGAGUUUUUUCUCAGUGCCUAGAGAUUCAGAAGAAGAGGUUCUUCUGCCAAAACCAGAGAAACAAGAACCAGGAAAAUCUGAACAUGAUGUCAAUGAGGUAAUAUUCAGUGAAUUGGAAGAUGAGAAACCUAGAGAAGUAGACCUGCUUCCUGCUUUAGAAAGGCGAAAACGGAUUGCUCAUUUGCAAGCGAAGCUAUUCCAAGCAGCUGCAGAAGGUGCAGUGAGAGUGAAGAGGAGGAGAGGUCCUCAUAGAGGGGAGGACUUCACCUUAAUGCAGGCUUUGAUCAAAGCAGACUUUUGGCUUAUCUUCUGGUCUCUUCUAUUGGGUUCUGGGUCAGGAUUGACCGUGAUAGAUAAUCUUGGUCAGAUGAGCCAAUCCUUGGGCUAUAAUAACACUCAUAUAUUUGUAUGCCUGAUCAGCAUUUGGAACUUCCUUGGUCGUAUUGGUGGGGGUUACUUCUCUGAGGUUAUUGUGAGGGACUAUGCUUAUCCAAGACCUAUUGCAAUGGCUGUUGCCCAGGUUGUCAUGGCUGUUGGGCAUGUCUUCUUUGCCAUGGGAUGGCCUGGAGCAAUGUACAUUGGGACUCUGUUGAUUGGGCUUGGCUAUGGUGCUCAUUGGGCAAUUGUGCCAGCUGCUGCCUCUGAGUUGUUUGGCUUGAAAAAAUUCGGGGCAUUAUACAAUUUCCUCACACUGGCAAAUCCUGCUGGUUCACUUGUCUUCUCAGGCCUAAUUGCCAGCAGUAUAUAUGACCGAGAAGCAGAGAGGCAAGCUCACCAACCCCAUCUAAACUCACAGAAUUCAGGGAUACUUUUCUCAGUAAUUUUUGCUCAGGAUGAUCCACUUACAUGUAAAGGCUCCAUAUGCUUCUUCCUGACUUCCAUGAUUAUGUCAGGAUUUUGCAUUGUUGCAGCUGUCUUAAGCUUGAUUCUUGUAUACCGGACAAAGAUUGUGUAUGCCAGUCUCUAUGGAAAGUCCCGCAAUUGAUCAAGAGAUCCAGAAAAGGUCUUUCACAUGUAUCUUAUUGGCUGGGAUUAUAUGUUGCACCAGCGCUAUGGGAUUGUAUGUUGUACAAACUAAUACAUCAGUGCUCCUAUGUGUCUGGAGAUACCAUGAACACAUUUUAUUUAUUGCUAUCUAGUCCAGGGAUAUCAUUUCCUUGUGAAAGAUUAGCUGUGAGUGUUUUUUAAAGUCAAGUGUUGCAGAUUCUACUCUGCUUUAUGGAAACUCAGCUUGGAUUUAAGGGAUCCAAACCACCAUGUUGUUGAACAUAUUUCGUCUGGGUUAUAAACCAGACUUCUUCACUCCUUGUGUCUUUGUCUGUUAUUCAGUGCCAGGGUUCAUGGAGGACCUGUUAAUUCAAAAUCUAGAACUACUUUUUACUAGUGAUAUUCUCUGCCGCAAAGACAGAAAUCAA